CCUCCUGCUUCUUCCUAGAGAGAGAGAUAGAGAGAGUGCGUGGGCUGCGUGCCUUGCCGGGACUCUUCGCGUUGCUUCGAGAGAGGGAGAGAGAGAGAGAGAGGGGGGUCGGGCGGAGAUGUCCAAGAUGGCGGAGGAAAAGGCGGUCGGAGCGGCCGGGGCGGCGGACGCGGCGCAGCAGCAGCAGCUGGCGGCGGGCGAGGCGGCGGCGGCGCGGGUGCGGCCCGUGGAGACGCUGCUGCGCGCGGCGCCGCUGGGGCUGUGCGUGGCCGCCAUGGCCGUCAUGCUCAAGGACCAGCAGACCAACGAGUACGGCACCGUCGCCUACUCCGACCUCGGAGGCUUCAAGUAUCUCGUCUACGCCAACGGCCUCUGCGCCGCCUACUCGCUCGUCACGGCCUUCUACACCGCCGUGCCAAGGCCCGCCACCGUCUCGCGCUCCUGGGUCGUCUUCCUCCUCGACCAGGUGUUCACGUACCUGAUCCUGGCGGCGGGCGCGGCGGCGGCGGAGCUGCUGUACCUGGCCUACAACGGCGACAAGGAGGUGACAUGGAGCGAGGCGUGCGGCGUGUUCGGCAGCUUCUGCCGCCAGGCCCGGACCUCGGUGGGGAUCACCUUCGGCUCCGUGCUCUGCUUUAUCCUCCUCUCCCUCAUCUCCUCCUACCGCCUCUUCAGCGCCUACGAGGCGCCCCCGUCGUCGGCGCUCGGCAACAAGGGCGUCGAGAUCGCCGCCUACCCACGCUGAAGCUGCCGUCGGCGUACAAGAGGCUGCCGUCCAUCCAUUGGAGGCUCCAAAGGGAAGCGGGGUUGCAUCAUUUCUCUGUUUUGUGUAGGCGAUCAAGUAAUAAGCAAGGGCUUAUGUAUAAUUCAUAGUAGUUUGCUGCUACAUACUAUGAUUAGUACCGUGCUGCUGCUGCUGCUGCUGCUGCUGCUAUGACAUUGUGCUUGACUUGGUAAUUAUAUACUAGUUUGUGUGGUUGUUAUGUGUA